UGUUGUGUUUCUAUGAAGACCAUGUGUUGGCCGGCAUUAGUCCGAAACCUCUGCAAGACUUUUUGAUUGGAAAGUCUCCAUUUGUUGUGUUUUUUUUAGAAGCUAUUCAACAAAACAAUGGAGGCCAUUCCCGACCAGUUCAUGGAGUUCCACCCGAUCCACGGUCUGAACGUGAGUCUGGACCUCUCGGGAACACGGGCUACUCGCGUGGAGAGCUUUGCAAAUGGAGUGUGUUUCAGCAAACACCCUCUAAAGCCCGGGGAGAUUUUCCUCAUAGAGAUCGAGGAAAAGGAGGUGGGCUGGUGUGGCAACCUACGAGUCGGCUUGACUUCUAGAGACCCUGGACACUUAGACGUGGUGCCUGAAUACUCCAUCCCAGACCUGACUGAUUCGGGGGACAGCUGGGUGUUCGCCAUCACUCGAAACCACAACAAAGUGGUAGAAGAUCCUGGAGAUGGAGGUCAAAGGCUCGGUCGUGGAGAGCCUGGAGAAGAAGCAGCUGAAGGAUAUCACAACCUGAAACCACAGACCUUCUUCACGGACUCUCACUUGUACAUUGACAAUGUUCGGAUCCCCAGAGACAAGCUGGUGGGACGGAGCAGGCCUGGACGCUACAGUCACAUUUUAGACGACUUGUAUAGGACGAACGCUCUUCCCCCCACAGCCAGACGCAGCCGGAUAGGAGUGCUAUACACGCAGAGAGGACCAGGCCUGGCUGAUAUGCACGUUGUGAUCAAUGGGGAGGACAUGGGAGCUUCUGCUAAGGGGAUCCCCUCCAUCCAGCCGCUCCACGCUGUUGUGGACGUGUUCGCUGCUACCAAGUGUGUCCGAAUCGUCCAGGUGGAGUAUGGAUUCUCAUCGUUGCAGACGUUGUGCAGAAAGGCCAUCCAGAAGCACAUCGUCCACCGGAUGGCCAUCGACUGGCUGGAGCUGCCAGAGGCCAUGAAGCACUACUGCAAGUAUGAAUGAAGGAGACUCACCUGAAAUGGACAAAAAUAUCACCUCAGAAAUCUUUCACACUUUCUACCUAGAAAAUUAUUAAUACCUGCCAGACAGUGAUUUUGCUCGGUUUCAUGAACUGUUAACUAAUAAACUCACAGUUUUUGCUAGGC